CGCUGUCCAGCAACAAUUCGACCCUUCGUUUCUAUAUGAGUGAAUGAAAAUUACCCGCGCGAUUCAUCUUAAAGGGGGCACCGAUUAACUACAACCCAUCAUGGCAUACCCCGACCGCAUCAGCGACCGGCUCCAGUCGCGUCGCAGCCCCGAACAACCGCGAACACUCGACAACAACAGGAAUCUAUUUGACAUCUUAAGCCCUCGGAGGCCAAUUCGAGACAGUCCGCAACACCAGAGACACUUCAACCACACAAACACCUUGAGCGGGGCAUACGCGGCCGCGGGAGGAGACAAUUUCGCGCUCGACAAUUCCUACGCGCCGGGGACCCCGAGUCCUAGUAGGAGAAGGAGCAUGACGAUGACCGCCUCCACGUCGCCGCAGUCGAACCCACCGGAUGAGAUAGUAGCGGCAUACCACCAGAUCAGAGGCGACAAGGGUAUGGUGGAUGAUGAUUAUGUGCAGGAUUACCUAGGACUGGAUGGGACAGGGGCGGGGCGUUUAUCACCAGGAGCUGCAGAAAGGUAUGCUGAGGAUGUGUCUCUGGACCCAUUCACAUCUGGCGACGCGGAUUUCUUGGACAACGUUACCGACGGGUCCCCUCGCAGGUCGCAUUCGGACUAUAUCGAUGACGAGAGACGACUCAGACACGUGAUAACCAGUCAAUCGCCAGUGCUCACUAAGAGCGGGAUACAUUCAGGAUUGACAUCUGAAGAUCUACAGCGGCGCGAGGAGGAGAACCAAGAAGACUAUCCGGAGAUGGAGGUCGAGGAAGAUGACCGCGGGGCUCAACCUUCGUUAAACCUCCCCCGGACCUGGGGUAGCCGUGCAACAAACCCUCGGAGCUGGAUGAGGAAUAUCGCCCCCCGGAACGAGAGUAACUCGCGGGAUCAAGUGGAUCAUCAAGCUGCGGACGACUUCAGGCCAAAGUCCAGACUUGGGUACACGGACACUACUCGCCCAUCUCGGAAUACUGAGCGCCCACCGCAUCGCACAAGUCUCGAGACACGGAGUGCUCUGAGGGAACGUUCGACAAGUGGUUAUAACCGAAGCGCACCAAACGACGAACUGAACAAGCCGGUUUCACAACAGAAAGACCAACAAUCAACCGAAGGGGGCCAGGGCUCCAACACACCCGUUUCGGUUUAUAAAAACUCGACAUUCAACAAGCGGAGUCCUGCGAAACGUGAUUCUCACGACCUCAUUCGCAAGCUAUCCAGAAACGAGAGCCCAAGAGUGAACGGCUUUCAAAAUGAGAAUCAAAUGAAGACCCCCGAGCAGGCGAAACAGCCUGAAAGGCCUAUUUACGAUAAAACACCUGUGGUCACAGGCGCAUGGAUCGAUACACCGAUGACGGAGAAGGUCACUGAACUCCCGGAACACCUUUCAAGGGACAUCGUUCCAUCGCCUCCAGGGAGACAAGAGCCUCAGAAUCCACCAAAACAAAUAGAGCUGCACACCGAUAAACGGCCACCUGAACCUCAACCGAGUCGACAAAGAGAAAGGGAGCCUGCAAAGGAGGAGCGGGUGGAAAGAAGAGAACAAAAGGAAAAAGAGGCGGAGAGAGAGAAGGAGAAGACGAAGCCGCCAGUGACCAAGCCUGACGUGCCAGGGAGUGGGCUUGAGGCAUUUCUACUGAAUCCAAAUGCCAACGGAGAUACCCCGGGGGACGAUACGCUCGAAUCUCUCCAGGAAAUUCUAAAUGGGCAGCCGACUGAAGUGAAGACUGAAGCGGAGGAGGACGCAGCUUAUGAAAAAGCCAUCUUGAAAAAGCUUGAGCGUGCAAGUCCCGAGGAGCCAGCAAAGGACGAUGUCGAAAAAAUUGAUGACAACUUAGUAUCCCUGGGGGUCCGCAUCAAAGAAAUGAAAGCGGGAAUCGCUAGUAUCGAGGAGAAAUUUAAGCGAGAAGGCAAGCAUAUCCACGCCGGCGGGAACUGCUCAUCCUGUGGCUCGCACGGCGACGGCCGUCUUUACGCCUACAUCCCACUCCCAUACCUAUGGCGACGAGACCCAGUCACACGACGCAUUCGUCCCACCCGCUUGACCUGGUUUCUACUUCUCUUCCUCACCUGGUUCUUCUCCGAAUCCACAAUGUGCGACCACUACUGCCGUCCCAGAUUCGCAACAGCCUGUCACGGCAACUGUCUGAAACCAGACGCACCCGAGUUCCCCUUCGUGAUUCCGACGAUGCUAUGGCGCUGGUCGCAUAUUUCGUCGUUCCUGGCACCGGCUUUCACGAUCGCCUUCGCCUUCUUCAAACUCACCAUGCAGCUUAUGGGGCUAUGGGAUGGAUUUGUGGAUGAUGGCCCGCCGCCCCGAGCUCUGAACCUUACGGGCGAGAUACGGAUACAUGGGACACGGAUCGCUGGGUUUCCAUCUGCGACGUCGACUCCGGUGAUCAACUCUCCUCCGCAACAUGGGCAGCCGUAUAUUCCGGGACUCGGCGUGCCGCCGUGGGAGGAAGAUAAGUCCUCGAUGGAGGAUGAUGAGUUGCUCUAUUAGACGUCCUUAUUUCUUUCUUACAUUCCUUCUCUUCUUUGUCACUUUUGGGAGUUUCAUAUCUUUGCAUUUUCGGGAGCAGCGGUGACGGCCGGCGUUGGAUAAUGGAGUUUGUUGGUUAUUGAUCUGUGUUUGGUAUUUCGUGGGAAUUGUAUUCUAUACGGUUGAUUGUCAGCGUUUUGUUCAUACCCCCUGUCUACCAAUAUAAGGUGUUUCGAU